CUCACCCUAAACAACAUUUUCUUAAUUUUAGAUCUCCUAAAACCCUUCAAAAAUCAAAACCCUCGCCCCUAAAAACACAACGAACUCAUAAUACAAAGGUCAAAGAGCUACUAGCUAGUUAGCUGAGAGAAAGAAAUGGGGAAGAAAGACCAGAAGAACAAUCAAGAAGAAUUACUCAAAACCUUGGGAGAUUUCACCUCUAAAGAUAACUGGGAUAGCUUCUUCACCAUCAGAGGUAGCGAUGAUGCCUUCGAAUGGUAUGCCGAGUGGCCACAGCUUCAGGAACCUCUCCUCCCCCAUUUAUCCGGAGAGGCUCAGAUUCUUGUCCCCGGUUGCGGCAACUCCAAGCUCUCCGAACACCUUUACGAUGCCGGAUACCGGAAUAUCACCAACAUUGACUUCUCUAAGGUCGUUAUAUCUGAUAUGUUGAGGAGGAAUGUCCGGAACCGGCCGGAAAUGAAGUGGCGCGUCAUGGACAUGACUGAUAUGCAGUUUACAAGUGAGAGCUUUGAUGUUAUUCUGGACAAAGGUGGAUUGGAUGCUUUAAUGGAGCCAAAGCUCGGCCCUAAGCUAGGAAAUCAAUAUUUAGCAGAGGUGAAAAGAGUGCUAAAAUCUGGGGGGAAGUUUUUUUGUCUCACCUUGGCAGAAGCUCAUGUAUUAGGAGUGCUUUUUGUGAAGUUCCGCUAUGGAUGGAAAAUGAGUGUUCAUGCUGUUGCGCAGAAACCAUCUGACAAAUCUAGCCUGCAGACCUUCAUGGUAAUGGUUGAAAAAGAUGAGUCCUCUAUGUUGAGCCAAAUAUUCUCAUCUUUUGAUCAGUCAUCUAUUCAUUCUCCUGGAAAUCAGGCUGAUGGACUCCGGCAGGCACUUGAAGUUGAAAAUAGAAUUCGUGAAGAAUAUUCCAAUAGCCUGGAUAUAAUCUACUCACUUGAAGAGUUGAAGUUAGGAGCUAAAGGGAACUUGACAGAGCUCCAUCCAGGUCAACGGCUGCAGCUAACUUUAGGCGAACCUGGGAUUUCCAGCUUCUCAUAUAAAGCUGCACUUCUUGAUGCCCGGGAAGAGUUUGGACCGUUCUCAUAUCACUGUGGGGUGUUUCUUGUUCCAAAGACUCGAGCUCAUGAAUGGCUGUUCUCUACAGAAGAAGGUCAAUGGAUUAUUGUGGAAAACUCAAAGGCUGCACGUCUAAUCAUGAUUUUACUAGAUUCCAGCCAUUUGAAUGCUAGUAUGGAUGAUAUCCAGAGUGAUCUAUCUCCGCUAGUGAAGCAAUUGGCACCUAGUGAGUGUGAAGAUGGGUCCCAAAUUCCGUUUAUGGCAGCAAGUGAUGGAAUCAAGAAGAGGAAGAUUGUGCACGAGAUCACAUCGUCCUUGACUGGUCCAAUAACUGUGGAUGACGUUAUAUAUGAACAAACUGAUGAGAAUAUCAGCUGUCUGUUUCAAUCAGAUAAUGUGAUGUUCCGUCGCCUCACUUUUCAAAGAACUGAGAGUUUGGUGCAAUCUGAGGCUGUGCUAACAAGUGAAGGAUCACAGAAGAAUAGAACUGACAAGGAUCAGAAGAAAAACCUAAGAUCUAAAUCCAGAAAGAAGGGAAGUAAGACAAGUUCUGAUGAAUCAAGAAAUGAUUUGAGUGUUGAUCACAGUUACUUGGCUAGUCCUUAUCAUACUGGAAUCAUUUCUGGACUUAUGUUGAUUUCUUCGUAUUUGAGCAGUGCAGCAUCAAAAAGAGGCAUGGUAACAACUGUUGUAAUUGGUCUUGGAGCAGGAUCACUUCCCAUGUUUCUGCAUAGGCACAUGCCUUUCCUUGAGAUUGAGGUUGUGGAGUUAGACCCUGUGGUUCUAGAUCUUGCUAGAGACUACUUUGAUUUUAGAGAAGAUGGAAAUUUAAAGGUACUUAUUACUGAUGGGUUAAAGUUUGUUAAAGAGGCAGCUCACCUUGUCACUUGUAGUAGGGAAACUGAUCUAUCCAAGUUAAAGGACUCUACUGUAUCUGAUGCAGAAUCCAAUAGCACUCCUCACAUUGAUAUUCUUAUUGUAGAUGUGGAUUCUUCAGAUUCUAGUUCUGGUUUGAGCUGUCCUGCUGUAGAUUUUGUGGAAGAGUCAUUUCUUACAGCUGUAAAAGAUUCUCUCUCUGACCAAGGUCUCUUCAUAAUCAACUUGGUCUCUAGGUCUCCUGCCAUUAAAGACACUGUCUUUUCAAGAAUGAAACCGAUGUUUCAUCACCUCUUCCACCUUGAGCUUGAGGAAGAUGUCAACGAAGUUGUGUUUGCUCUCAAGACAGAAAGUUGUAUUCCUGAGAAUCGCUUUCCUGAAGCUGCUGAUCAACUCUCAAAGUUGUCGAACCUAGAACAAUCACGGUUUGGCAAACCCAUAAUAGAUGCGGCUAAGAAGAUCAAGCGGAUAGUAUGAUUUUUAAAACGAGAAUCAUGUAUUUAUUGGUCAAGAUAUCUGAGUCAUUCUGUCAAAGAGGAGGGGAUGGUAUCAUUGGCUAGCUCCCACCCUCCCUCCAAGCUUUAAAUGGAAUACUUCACAUUGGUAUAUGCCAAUUCCCAAAUGUUACGUUCUAGCUACCGAGUGUACGUUGUAUUUUUCUGUUUUUGUUUUUUACUCCAUAAAUGACCUGUAUAUUUCCCUGCCUGGGACAUAAUGUGAAUAAUCGUGUGAUGAGUGGCGAUAUAUAUAUUGCCUCUUCAGAGAAGUCAUGUGAGGCAUUGCAUUUCUUAUCUUA